CGUAAACACAACCGCGCGCAUCGGAAAAGUGGAACAAAGAAGUAGCCUUUACCCGAGCCAUCUCGAGCCGCGCAAACUGAAUAGGUGGCACUCGUGGAAUACCCCCUGCUGGGGGGCAAUUGUUGGGGGGAAUGGCUCGGCCUCGUCUGCUCCAUCAAUCGAUGUGCCUGUUACGACGCGCCAGUCAGGGCGCUCACAACAUCCCACUCGCGGAAGACAUGUCAGGCCGCACGAGCGGUAAGACAACACGGAUCACCAAGAGGAAUGGAAGCGCACCAACGCUAUCAGCGCUACCGCAGCGAUGACUCCGCUCCAUCACCUCCAGCCACCCAAAAGAGAGGUGGCGCGAUAGCGCCAUUCACCACUCCAUCGCCGCUAGUCACCAAGAAGAGCGAAGGCACGAUAGCGCCAUUCGCGUGCAAUACUCAAAAACGACACCGGACGACUGACAAGGCUACUCAGCCCUAUUCGUAGACCUCGUCAUACCCUAAACCCCUGUCUUUUCCAACUGUCUAGUCAUCUCGAAAACCCACCCACCGAGUGGUAGCCUAUAAAUAGAGCAUUUACACCGGUGGGUGAGGGUAUCGAAUUUUAGCUCUCUCAUACUAGAAAGUAGAAACUCUAAAAUCAUCCUUCUCCUUUUCUCCUUUCUCUCUCUUGGGCCUUAAACCUUGUAAGCUUGUGAUAAAGUAAGGAAAGAAGCGGAGGAUUUCUUAACUAUACUCGCACCCGACUUUCUUCUGUAUUUCACUCCUACUCUCAGUUAGACACAAAUAAUAAACUAUCACUCAAAUUUAAUGAUAAAACAAUAUUGACUUUUAGCAUAGAUAGUUGGUAUCAGUGUAUGUCAUGUAUGUUUUUCUAUAAAUGUACGAUAUUAUAGUUCUUAUGUCAUCAUCGAUCCUUAAAACUUAUGAAGAAGGAAAUGAGAUUUGUUACACCCAAAUUAUAACAAUUAAUACUAACUUAAGAAUUUUUCAUCUUCUGCAUAUUUAAUACUAUAAUUCGAUAUGCAAUAUUCCAACCAACGAUAUUUAGGUUGGGAAGAUUAUCCUUUAUUUAUAAAAAAAUUACUUACUAAAAUCUAUUACCCUUCUUAGAAAAUUUGAAAUGGAGCAAAUCGAACCCUUAAAUGUAUUAUAAAUUUGUACAAAUAGCACACCUUUAUAACCAAACUAGUGAAACCCAAAUUUGACCCGGACUACUCUAAAAUACUCGACUCUAUAGCAUCAAGCUACCAACCUGGUCCAGCCUAUUCCUAUUUCCCCUUAACCUUGUCUGACCGACUUGGGUCAGGUUGGGUAUGGUCGGACCUAAUCAGUAGGUCGGUUUAAAUCAACAAACUUAAAUUUGAAAUAUAAAAUUUAAGGUAUCCAAAUUUAUUUUUUUUCUUACCAAUUAGAAUCUAAACUUUAUUCUUUUUACAAACACAUUCUAGAAAUUUUGGUUACAAAAUUAUGUUUUAGUACAUUUAUAUCUUUAAUUGCAUUAUAGUACCAAAAUUUCUAAAACUUUAGAAUGAGUUAAAUCUUUUGGGAUGGGAAAUUUCACAUAACUAGUUGUUGUUAUGGGUCAUAGGGCCAAAGUGACCCAACCCUUAUAGAACCAAAUCCUUCUCUAAACUGAUCAUGUACAUAAAUUAAUCUUGUCCGACCAUACGAGAUUUUAUUGAGUAGGUCCAUUUAGAAAAAAUACGCAUGAUUAAAUAUAUUUUUUAAAUUUUUUAAUUAUUCUUAAUAUUAUUUUAUAUUAAUUUUUUAUAAAUUAAAAUACAUUAGUAGUCGAAACUAUCAAAAAUAUCACUCUGAGUGUACCAAACAAUUAUUCAUAAUUUAGUUAGCCAUUCAUUUUGGAAUGGUGUUCGUUGUCAAGAACCGUUUAAUAUCAAUAACUUGACUUAUUGAGAGAGGUUUAAUAAUGAAUCUUAUAUCAAACAAUUAUUCAUGAUUUAGUUAUUCGUUUGCUCUCGAAUUGUGUUUUUUUUAUCAAUAACAGUAGUAUCAAUAAUUCGAAUUGUUGGGAGAGGUUUAAUAAUGAAUCUUAUGCCAAACAAUUAUUCAUUAUUUGAUUAUACGCUCGCUUUCGAAUUGUGUUCUUUGUCAAGAACCAUAAUAUAAAUAACUAGGGUUGUUGGGUGAGGUUGCGAUAAUAUAUCUUAUAUCAUAUAAUAACUCACCACCUUAUAAGAAAGUCAACUUAUAUGGAAUUGAAGUUUGCACAAACCUGAAUAAUAUGUGCUUAACAAAUGAGAUCGCCAAACUUCGAACACAAGAUAUUUCGAUAAACUAUUAUCUAUUGG